CAACGAGAUGAAAAAAAGCAAGAAGAAGUAACUGCACAAGGUCGGUGGCGCGCGUUGCGGUCUACUUGUAAAUCGUAGUUUGCACAAGGUCGGUUGUGCUGUAGUUUGUCGUGAUUUUGGUAGAAUUAACCGAAUCUGUUCGAUUCAAAAUGUCGAAAUCGUCGUCCCCCUCUAAGCGGCCACCUGUAUCGCGCAGGAAAGCACGACUCGCGUAGUAUGCGGUGGGUUUGUCAUGCGAGCUCGCUAAUAUUACCACGUUCAAUUUUUAUCGCAAUCAUGCAAGACAAGUGUGGGAAUUCCGCUAGAUUAGAAUUUGAUAUUUGCAUUAAAUUCAAUCCCCCAGACCAGUGCCACGCGAAGUUUCCUCGCUGAUACCAGGCCCCCCCUGCGCCGCCGGAAGCGCCGCCUGUGAACCGCUUUACCCCGAUCCCCUUUGCACCGCAGAAAAACAGUGGACAGUUCCGGGGGCCUACGCACUCAAUAACCACCGGCGCGGUUGAUCAGGAGCACACCACCGGCGUGUUUAGCGAAUUGGCACGGGAAAAGAUUCACGAUGAGGUGCAAGCAGAACGCCCACCGCAGGUCUUAUGCGAGUCAACAACUAAGAGGGGGUUGAUCUUCUUCUUGUGCUGGUGUCAUUGAAAAUUAAGUGUCGGAUGUACUUACUUUUUGCCAUGCUCAUGCAGAAUCGCAAGCAGACCGAAGCAGUUAGCAGUGGUGCUGGUGCUGUCGUUCUCCGCUCGAAGUAGCAGCGAUUCUGGUAGAAUCAAACAACGCUGUUCGUAUCUUCCUGUAGUGCAGCAGCCUCAGAUGACGUUGAGUUAGAAUUGUGCUCACGGGGGCUGGGGCAUGUCUCGAAAUCGCGUAGACAGGCACAAGGAGAGGAAUCAAAUUCCUUUUCUCAUCGAUCCCCGUCCGCCGAGGUUUUCGGUACCAAUACGGUAUUCGAGAAAGUGCGGCAAAAGCAGGACCCCCGUCUGGGGAAACUACACCUGCCAUGGGAAAAUCCGAAGCACUACAGCAAGGCAGAUUUGUAUCGCACGAAAAGACUGGUGAUUUUUCACUGUGAACUUGUAAUGCAGAAAGUGUACUAGCAUCGCAAAGGCAAAAGUCUUUGUCUUUCUAUACAUGCAAAGCAUUUCUAGCUGUGUUUUCCCCUAUGAUAGGCAACGUAAACUGCAUUUGUGAUCGUGUAGAACAGAAACUUGUGAUGCAAAACUCGCAAAGUUAUUGUUAUCACAGUGAAAAAUUUUUCUGUGGAAUAAUUUGGACGGGAAAUUCCCGAAGGUGCUGCGAGACCGGGGGUACGAAAACAUGCGGACCGACGUGCCCAAGGAGCUUAUCGAAACGGGCGACGCGCAUAACAACAUAUCAAAUGCGAAAAUGUUUGGGUAUGGAACAAAGCAACUUGUCAUGCUAAAUCUGAAUCAUGUAAAAAUCAGUGUUGCAUAAUUACCAAAAGCUGUCCACUCUUGAGCUAAUCGAGAGGCAGUUUCUCAUGCAGGAUAGGCAUGAUAGGGAUCUGGCAGAAUCUGUCAUGCUAGGUCCUGCAUUCCAGACGACAUGGAUCAUGGAAAAUAUGCAUGACAAAUCGAGACAAAGGCAAAGUGUGUCGCACUUCUGUUUAGCAUGACAAAUCGAGAAAUCUUCCAGACCCUGACAUUUUUGCAUUUGAUACAACAAAAAGAUCGGCAAGUUGCUCGAAAAGCAGUUUUACGACAAAAUUGCCAAGCAUAUCAAAAGGAAAAAUCCCCCCUUCCCAUAUCGAGAAGGAAAUAUGUGAUGCUGUUGUAUUUGCAAACACAAAUCAGAUUUGUCUUGCAGUAGAGGACUGCACGCAGAUCGCAAGCCUAGAUAGGGGCCUGUUGGUGUAGGCGCCUAGCAUGGUAGACGGCUACCCUGUAGUCCUUGCGGCAUUACAAAUCGCCCGCAUAGUGUGGCAUAGGAUGCGGUGGUCACAAAUCUGCAUCGCAAAGUUUCCGCAGAUACGUUUUCAAUAAGAGGAGGGGCGAUUUUUCCUUGCAAUAAAGCAAAAGAAGCUGGCCGAGCUUGGAGCGCCCGAGUUUGGGAAGUUUGUCGUGCCGGGGGUGGUGGAUUUGAAGGUGCUUUUUUGUCUUUAUUUUUCCACAAAGAAAAAAUCUUUUGUUUGUGAUGCUGGCCGCGGUAUCCUGAUCCGGUUUGUGAUGCGGCGAUGGGUAGUUGAAUUUUUGUACAUGAGUUGAAUAAAACCAGAUGUCCUUCGACUGCAUCGAUCUGGACAAGGGAGGGCAGAUAUCCCGCAGAAAAAAGCAGGCAGGUCCUCACAAUUGUAAUGCAAAAACAAAUACACAGAAACAUCUGUCAUGGGUGGCCCCAUAGCAUCCUGUUUGGGAUAUGCAGCGCAGAUCUUUUUGUGUAUUAUUCUUUUGCAACACAAAUUAUAUGACCUUCCUGCUUUUUCCUGGGUGAUACCAGAUUACGAAGGACCACCUGCGGCAAGUACUUGCGCAGUGUGGCCACGCGCCGCUCGACGUAGAGCUAGAGUAUGAGAAUGAAAAUAAAAUUAUGCCUCCUCGUCCCCAUGUUCAACACGAAGAUCAUCUUUCUGAUGCUGGAUUUGUGCAGCUGUUGUACACAAACUUAACAGUUCCGUCUUGCAUUUAGGGACUGCGGCCAGAAGAUCGAUCCUGAGCCUCCUGGGUAGGCCGGGUGUUUGGAUUUGGUCGCUUAAGCCAUUGAAAACGGCUUCUAGCCUGAAGGUCCAACAACUGCACGGCAAAUCGCUGCUAUUAUCUCGCGAAAAGAACCUCUGGCCGCGCACUUGCUUCCUCGUAGGCCGUCCACUGGCCGCACACACGGUUGAUUCGUGGCCACAAAUUCAUUGGCCAGUUUCCUCUUGAGUGUGGGGAGAGAGGAUUCAUCAUUUUUCUUCACGAUAUAGAGAACAUGAUCACGAUGGCCUCCCUGGGCAAGACCUCCGACGGGGAACCGAUGGUGGCGUGGGAAGGCUUUGAACAGCUGUUCCGGUCGCCCAAGGACAUUUUCGCUCGAGUGGACAUGAGCCGCAUCACGGAAGUAUGAAGUGCAAAUAUGUCUAUGUGUGUCCUCUGCAAGGUUUACCAUGUUUGCCCGACGGGAGCGCGAGGAAAACCUCUCAUGCAUAUGACGAAGCAGCGCCAUUUGUUUGUCAUGCAAUGCGGGUUGCGGAUGACAUAGCAGCUCGAAAAAUUCUUGUCAUGCGUGGGUCCAAAUGGGAGGAUGCUAUACCAUCGACACACUAGCAUCACAAGUUUGAUGUUCCCGACCCAGACAUAAAAUUUGCAGUGCAUAGGAAGUGGACGCUUGGGAAGUGGGCGGGGGCGUGGACCUGUACCGCGAAGCCGGAGAAAGUGCCGACGUGAAAGACGUAUAGAUAGACGACAACGUGCUGUGUUUAUUUUUCAUCAGAACGACCUUGCAAAUGCAAUACGUAUACGCGGCAAGGAAGCGGUUCGAGUUGCUGCUUCACUAGCACGAAGUACUGCACCCUUGUAAAUUUUUGCAAAAAGUUGAAUUUGGCAGGCAAGUACUAUCCAAUACGCCGAUGUUGACAUCAAAUUCAAAUAAGAAAAUCAUCAGGUCGACGUGGGCGUCGAAAUUGGGGUGACGCAAAAGAACCGCGAGCUCGUUUUGAAGUACUUUUGCGUGGGCGCGCAGACGAUUCUGAAGCCGUCCGAUCUGAAGCGGUUCUACCGGGAUUUCCAGCGGGUCGCAGGGGCCUCGGACGAGUUGCCCUAUGAUCUGUUUUGCAAGUUCAUAGAACGCCCCCCGUCCGACGAGGUGAAGCAACUGUUCGACUUUUUCGAUGCCGAUUCUGGUGGUACGGUCUCGCUCAAGGAAUUCAUCAUCGCGCUUACCAACUUCACCAACGCGAAGCCCGAGGAGAAGUUCAAGUUUUCCUUUAUGCUCUACGACGAGGACGGUACGGAAAACAUCGACGUGGAGGAACUGCGCGCCCUGAUCCGCGCGAACUACAUGGUGGCGGGCUACAUUUCCGAGGCAGAACUCGAGGAGAAAAUCGAAAACGUGUACAUCAGCAUCAACUCCGACUACGGCAUGAAUUUGAACCUCGCACUGUUUCUCCGGUGCGCCGCAAAAAAUCCGCUCUUGUUUGCGCCGCACCCCAUCGCGGACGACGAGAUGGAGGCCCGUAUGAAGGCGGAAGAGCGCAUGCGCGGCGACAGGGACAUACCCCGCGAGUCGAAGGAGGACAAGGACAAGAAGAAACAACCGAAAAACAAGUGAAUAUGGUUUUUACGGUUAUUCACUACCUUCAGGAGAAACAGAACGCGGACGAGCUGGAAAAAAAUCUGUCGGUGACUGGAUGUCUCGUCGCCAGUUUUCUUGCAGUUUCGGUUUGCGACUCGAAUAAUUGUUGGAAAGGGGUCUUCGUCUUUUACUUCCAUCAACGAAACAUUUACCGAUCAUUCUGGAGGACGGCCAGCUCUAAGGCGCAGCUGCUCUGCAUGUCCUUGUUUUUCUCGUUUGGUCAACAGAACGCACGAAGCUACUUUUUGAUUUUGUGGUUUUUGAUGGAACAAGUAGAUGGAGGACUCGACUGCUUCUCUGAGUGGUACUUGCUGGUGGUGGAAAAAGAAGCAGAAGCGCCGCCCGCGGCCUCUUCUUGACAAAGCCAUUCGACGUCCGCUUUGGCGGGUUAUUUUUCGUGUUCAUAGUACAGCACCACCACCAUCGGGUUCGG